UGUUGGAGUCCUGGACCUAACCCUGGAGCCCGCUGGAGUCGGGUGGUGGUCGCAUGUUCCACCAUUGCCCUUUCUGCUUUUUCCCUCGAAUGUCUACCCCGUCCCCGGCCCUCGUCGCUCUCUUUUUUUCCCACUCCCUCUUUUUUCAACCCACCUCGGUCGCCAUCGUCAGUCUCGUCUCUCACCGACAAGCCCUUCCUUUCCUGUCUCUCCCCCUGCCUUCAUUCUUUUGCUUUUCUACCUACCUAACCACAGUCGUUCACUUUGGAUCAAUAAUCAAUUCAGUCCAUUCCAUUAGGUCCCGUCACUCUUUCCGGGUCACUUACCUUCCUUUACGGUCUGAAUCCAGCAUCAUCAUCAACACCACCACCACCACCACAACACCAUCAUCAGCAUCACCGCCAUCACACACAUACCACACUCUCUCUGCCACUCACCCUGGCAACCCAAACACUGCUAGACACUUAGUACUUACUACUACUAUACUACUAUCACUACUAAUCCUCCUGUGCCCACCUACUGCGGCCUAGGACGACACAUUCAUUAUUACCACAGAAAAGAAACGACUUUCAUAUUGUCUUGCGACAUUCCUCCAUUUGUUGCCAUUUUGCAAUCUCGCGAUAGCUUAUACUCACGCACACGACUGCUAUACGCCUUCGACAUCACACCUCCACCACCUCAGCCU